AUGGCCAAAGACAUCCAGUCUCGUGUCGAUGAAAAUAUUGCAGCCACGUCUCUCCCUUCAACUGCUCAAAGCUACUUCAGAGAACCAACCUUCCCGAGUAUUCUUUAUGGCCAUAUUGGAUUGAUGCUGCUGGCGUGGAUAGGAUGUUUUCCGAUUUUUGUGACAUUGGAUCUUGCGGGGUCAAGGUUUGCGUACCCUUCCCAAGUGCUCUUCUUGGGAUUGAACGCCAUCGGCAUAGUCUUUGGGCUGGCAUACAACAGCAAAACUCUGAACCUCUAUCCCGGCAGCGUACACCAUAAGAUUGGCUGGGCGUUGACAGGGAUUGCUGUUUCUCAAUUCCUCGCGAGAAUCUUGAGAAGCUACUUAAGCUACAGGCACACGAGAGGCAUGCCCGUCACGGCAUAUCACGAAGAGGAGCCGCUAGUGUCACCGUCGGCAUCAUGGAAUGGUUCCGAUGAGUAUCUUUACGAGGACCGGAGUGAUCGAGCAACUUCCAACCCACACCGUGCACCAUACCGAUCUGGAGAAGGGACGGGCGCCAACGGAAGCAGCCUCCGAAACAUGUCCGGGAUUCUCCUUCGGCCUUGGCGCCCCGUGCUUGGUGGACGGCACCGUAAGAACGGCACUUGGAUUAAACGCGAGUUCAAGUUCGUUGGAUCACUGCCGCUCGAUUCAAUCAUGGCGAAGACAUCAGUGACAUUCAGCACCGGGUUGGUGAUCUUAAUGUUCGUGACUAUUUGCACCGGGCUAGUUACAAUGGCGGGGAUAUUCCACGGCAAACACAUAUUCAAUGGCCUAGCGCAUUUUAUCAAGGGCGGAGUCUUCUUUGGCUUCGGCGUCAUAACUCUGUGGCGCUGGAUGAGCGGCUUUUCGGGCAUCGGACGGGCUUGGAACAACAAACACGCCGCAGGACCUCACCAUCAUGGGCCUGGUCGAUUCAUCACCAUGGAAUGGCUGGAAAGUUCUCUUAUCUUCAUUUAUGGCAUCAUGAAUGUUUUUCUCGAGCACCUAUCGGAAUGGGGAGGACGCUGGGUGGCGCAGGACUUCGAGCAUGUGGCUAUCUCGGUCUUGUUUAUUGGUGGCGGAUUGUGCGGAAUCAUGAUUGAACAUCAGGGUUAUGGAAGGUUGGCGAGGACGUCGCCGAUUACGCAGGGCGCCUCCCACACCAUCGAGGAGAAGCGGACUUUAACGCCUGGGUACUCUAUCAAUCCCAUCAAUCCAUUGAUCAUUUUUCUCUUGGGCAGAAUCCUUGGGGGCCACCAACAGGCCAGCGUCCAGUCUACCAUGAUGCAUCAAUGGGUUGGAAACCUCCUCACAGGAGCAUCAGCUGCAAGAUGUCUUACGUACCUAAUGCUGUAUCUGGCGCCUCCCACAUCCACGUCGCCUUCUCGGACUCCCUCAGAAUGUGUCACGUCGUUCUGUUUGAUGGCGGCAGGCAUCAUGCUGAUGGCUAGCAACCGAGACACAAUUGAUGCUAUGAUUGAGUAUGAUGUCAACGCGAUGGUCGUUGCGACCAUGGCAAUGAGCGUGACGGCUGCAUCUAUGGCCUGGUGUAUGGCCUUGGUCGCUGUGAAGCAGCUGUCGGGUAUGCUCUAUAGCCACUUGACCGUACCUGAACAGGAUCAGAACAGUCGCGACAUCGCGCGGUCCAACGAGCAAGACGCUCAAAAUCCGGGAAAUGGUGCCUCACAGGCACCGGACUUGUUCCUGGAUUUCAUAUACAACGGCUCCCCUGAUGAAAUCCAGGAGAACAACACCUACGAGGCCCCCAUGUCGUGGCUACAGGCCAUUGGCUCCUGGCGACGGAGGCACUCCUCGCUAGAUCUCGCCAUGUCCGCAAUAUUGAAUAUGGUCCGUCUGGGAGGAGACAGCGGCGACGAGCGACUCCAGCGUGAAGGGAUGGCCAAAUACGGCAGAGCCCUGAAGGAUGUCCAGAACAUCCUCGCCAGUGACCGUCUCGCCCUUGAGGAACUGACUCUGGCGAGUUGCAUGAUUCUGACCAUUUUCGAGGCUUGUCACCCAGUCCUACUUUAUGUGAUGGAACCUUCGGGAGGGAAUGUUUGUGGGUGGGCAAGCCAUGUCGAAGGUAUCUCGAGGCUAUUCCAGCUUCGAGGUCCAUCGCUGCAUGUCGCCGACCUGAGUCACCAUCUGUUCUUGGGCUUUCGACCCACCGCCAUCAUCCACGCCCUGGCUCUACGCAAGCCGACGUACCUAGCGGAGCCAGACUGGCUGACGAUCCCAUGGAUCAGGCAGUCCAAGACGGAUUUCCACCAUCUGCUGGACAUCAUGGCGCAAGUCCCGAAUUUCAUUGACAAGACGGAGCGCGUCCACAAAGUAUCGCAGUCCGGCAUGUGUAUCGGAAAGAGACGGGAGCUUCUGGAACAGGGAUGGGAACUACACCAGCAACUGAAAGAUUGGUAUCAAGACCUUACAAGAAGGGUUUCCGAGCCGUUCUACAUCGAGCGGCGCUCCUCGCUCUCCUGGCCUGACCCAGUGCCCAGGACGGACCUUGAAAAUGGGUUUCCGACAUUCUUACACUUUCAGACGUUCCAGAUCGCACGGAUGCAUCUCUUCUACUGGACGACGCUCCUCUUGCUCUAUGAUAAUAUCCUCAGAACAAUGCCCGCCUCUCUGAAUCCCACCGAGCUUGAUUCUGCCUCCGCUUCCACCAUCCUUCGCUUGACCGACAAAGCCGCCAUUCGGAGACAAGCUUUGGAUGUUGCGACACUGAUUGCUCGGUCGAUGGAGUUCCUCCUUUCGAAAGAGAGGUUCCUCGGCUCGGAAGAGAUGCAGAUCCGCGGACUGCUGAAUACACCGUUCCCCUUGCGGACCGCGAUACACGUGUUUGCAAGUGCACAGCAACAUGCGAUGGAGUCGUGGUGUCGCUCCGUGUUUGACGGGCUUGCCCAACGAGGCUACCCCUUUGGGCAGCUCCUGUGUGGUUGGCAUUGGGACGAUAUACCCGUGUUUCUGUCCGGAGGAUGUCUAUCUUAG